GAGGCAUCGGGAUCGCGCUCAUCUUCUUGGCUGUAGAUGCCUCCGGUGUAACGGGCCGAUCGUUAUGGGGGACCCGGGAGUCCGAGGCGGCAUGGAGCCUGACCGACCGACCGCUGCGCACAGCUCAUCCAGGCGGUUUAUCCCGGGAUAAAAGCCGUCCGUGUGUCCGGUAACAAGCAGCCAGUCAGCGGGCUGCAGAGGAGGCGGAGUGUGCUGGGACUCAAUCAGAGCUGAGAGAGCUGCUGGUUUAACUGGGAGACGGACUGGGAGGAUUACAAUCUAACUGUAUCCAGCUCGGGCGAUGGAUGAAUGUUCGGUUACCAGCCGGUCCGGUCAGCCCAGCCCUGUGAGAGCAGGGUGGGUUCAUCCGGAGUGAGAUCGGUCGGCUGGUAUCGGUACUAUGUCCACCUUCUGCUUGGAGCUGCAGACGUCUCCCUCCGUGGUUUCAGCACCACUGGAGCUGGACAGCGACAUCAUGGAGCCCCGGGCCGGCUCCGCCGCCCCGGAGCCCGCCGCCGGCUUCCAGGCUCACCCGCUGCGGCACGCCGGCUCCGGAGGCCUCGGCAUGGCCUUGGAGGAGGAGCUGGCCAUGCUUACCGGGGAGCGGAUCGACGACGAGGAGCUGUCCGACCUGGAGACGCAUGCGAUGGGGCACAACGCAGACUUACUAUCGCUCUUCCGUCACAAGGAGAAAGACUUGGUUUUAGCUGCUAAACUCGGCAAAGCGCUGCUGGAGAGAAACCAAGACCUGACCAAGCAAUACGAGAGGAUGCACAAAGAUCUCAACGAGAAACUAGAGCACUUGGAGCAGGAGAAGCAUGAGCUGCGUCGGCGUCUGGAGAGUCGAGAGGGGGAGUGGGAGGGCCGCGUGGCCGAGCUGGAGACGGACGUCCAGCAGCUGCAGGGCGAGCUGGAGCGCCAUCAGGUCCAGCUGAGGGAGGCCGACCGGGACAAGACCAGGGCCAUCAGCGAGCUCUCCGAACAGAACCACAGACUGCUGGAGCAACUCAGUAGGGCUGCAGAGGUGGAGAGGCAGCUGUCCACUCAGGUCCAUUCAUUACGGGACGACUUCAGGGAGAAGAGUAUGUCUACCAGCCAGCACAUGACACGACUAGAGACUCUACAGGCUGAGAUUAAGAUGCUGUCGGAGAGGAAGGUGGAGCUGGAGCGACGGGUUCACGCCAUGCUGGAGGAGAACGAGCUGCUGCAGAAUACGGUGGACGACCUCCGAGAGAGGACUCUGAUGUUGGAGAGGCAGUCACACCAGAAGGACCUACAGUUACGGCAGAGCCAGCUGGAGCUGCAGGAGGUUCAGGGGUCCCACCGGCAGCUGAGUGCCCGGCUGGAGGAGCUGACGGAGGAGCACAGCCUCCACAGCCUCACCCCCCACCCGUCCAGCCUGCUGUGUGAGAUCGAGCAGAGCAUGGAGCAGGAGGAGCAGGAGCAGGAGAGGGAGCAGCUGCGUCUCCAGCUGUGGGAGGCCUACUGUGAGGUCCGCUCGCUCUGCUCCCAUCUCCGGGGAAACGACGUCACCGACUCGGCUCUGUCCACCGACUCUUCCAUGGACGAGUCCUCGGAGACGUCCUCAGCCAAGGAUGUGCCUACAGGGAGCCUCCACACCGGCCUGCUGGAGCUACGGAGGCUCACACAGAAUCUGCUGGACGGCAACGAGUCCACGGGCUCGCGGCGCAGCGAUGAGGAGGCUCUGGAGGAGGCUCUGGAGGAGCAGGUGAGGAAGCUGGGAGAGGAGCUGAGGGAAGUCAGAGAGCUGUACGAAGCCGAGCAGGACAAAACACACAGCAAUGAGGACGAGGUGCUAAAGCUGCACAAUCAGGUGGCGCUGCUCUCUGUAGAGACGUGCUCUCUGCAGGAGGACAACGAGAGGAUGAGGACGAUGGCUGAGGUCCAAGAACCUAGCGAGCAGCUCCAGACUGCUAUCAGAGACCGAGACGACGCCAUAGCCAAGAAGAAAGCGGUGGAGAUGGAGCUGGCCAAGUGUAAAAUAGACAUCAUGUCUCUGAACAGCCAGCUGCUGGACGCCAUCCAGCAGAAGCUCAACCUGUCGCAGCAGCUGGAGGCUUGGCAGGAUGAUAUGCACCGAGUGAUUGACCAGCAGUUGAUGGACAAGUACCAGGACGAGUGGCGCUCGGCCCCUCCCUCGCUUUCAGGGUCGUCGAGGGCGCACGGCGGUCAGUCGUCCAGACGAGCUCAGCGCAUCUCCGACAGGGACAAGAGACUUUUCUCUUUUUUCAAAAAGAACUGAGCCCCGUUGGACUGGUCCUGAGACAGCAGACAGACAGAGACAGACAUCACGGUAAUGGUAACCCCAACUCCGCCAAAGACGGGCAGCGUGGGGGGGGGGGGGCGGUCAUUAUGCACUUUAUCCGUCCCAUUACUCCUCUCUAUGACUGCUGACAGGUAGAAAUAUAAGGUCAUAGAAGAUGAACAGGGUCAGGAAGGAAGGAAGGUCUCCUGUAGUGCCUACAACCAUCUACAUCUCUACUAGCCCACUGCCAAUGCUGUCCUCACUGGUCCUAACUGGUACUGUACGCAUCCCAGUAGUGAUCGGACAGAUCUAACUGGGUUAGAUGCCGGGUGUAGUGGGAGAAGAUGAGGAUAGAUGCUGGGUGUAGUGGGAGAAGAUGAGGAUAGAUGCUGGGUGUAGUGGGAGAAGAUGAGGAUAGAUACUGGGUGUGGUGGGAGAAGAUGAGGAUAGAUGCUGGGUGUGGUGGGAGAAGAUGAGGAUAGAUACUGGGUGUAGUGGGAGAAGAUGAGGAUAGAUGCUGGGUGUGGUGGGAGAAGAUGAGGAUAGAUACUGGGUGUAGUGGGAGAAGAUGAGGAUAGAUGCUGGGUGUGGUGGGAGAAGAUGAGGAUAGAUGCUGGGUGUGGUGGGAGAAGAUAAGGAUAGAUGCUGGGUGUGGUGGGAGAAGAUGAGGAUAGAUACUGGGUGUAGUGGGAGAAGAUGAGGAUAGAUGCUGGGUGUGGUGGGAGAAGAUGAGGAUAGAUGCUGGGUGUGGUGGGAGAAGAUGAGGAUAGAUGCUGGGUGUAGUCGGAGAAGAUGAGGAUAGAUGUUGGGUGUGGUGGGAGAAGAUGAGGAUAGAUGCUGGGUGUUAUAAUGCUGCACCUCGGCCUUCAUGUCAUCUCAGGUUUAUUCAGCUGUUCAGAGGAUGUUCAUGGAUCAGGACCUCAGGGUGCUCCGUAUCUCUAUAUUAUCAAAUCAAAUGAUCUUACUGCCAGCAGAGAGGAUCCACCAUGGUUCAACGGGCCAGAACCAAAUCUCCAAUCACAGCAAUAGAUCUAUUAUUAAAGCAUAGUAUAUGUAUGGCAACCGUGUGUGAUGUGAAAGGGGUCAGUCAUGGAGGAUGAUCCUCCUCAGCUCUACGGAGCCUCUUUUAGCUCUACAGAGUCUCUUUUAGCUCUUUUUACUGUUUCCUGAAUAACUGACUGUUCUCUAUCUGCUCAGCAGGAGACAGACUCCGUUAGUAUCUAGCUUGUGAAUAUAGUGGAGCAUCUAAAGCAGCUAAAGACACAGAUAACAACACAGAGACCAAAUCAGCAAGAAGAAGAGUCAAUAUUGGUCUUCAGAUCCAGUAUUGGAGUUCAGAUCCUUUCCUCAGUUUGCUGAGAAAUAUUCCCAUCACCAGUAAACUGAACUUUAUGACCUUUAAAAGUGUCCUCCUGUUUGUUCGCAGAAUUAAUGAGACAUAUGACCAUGGUCCAUGGUCCAGUUUUUAUGUUUCACGCUGCAGUAAAACCGACUGAAGCCUGAGCAGCUCUUUAUAGUGGAUCCUGAGGGUCUGUGGUGAACUCACCUUAACAUCUGAAUAAACCUCUGAAGUCAGUGACGACGUCCGUCCAGCUGAUAUCAUCAUCACGUUAUACAUUUACAAUAUUUGUAAAAGAAAAAGACACUGUCCAACAUUGUCCUCAUGAUGUCAGUCAUCUUCCUAGUUGACCAAAUAAAAAAUUAAAACAUGUUUA